AUGACGGGCGAAAACCAAAUGAAACUAGACCACAAAGUCGGUUCUGCGACUGAAGCUGCCGCUCUUGCGGAUUCUCUAUCGGCUUCCGUCUCUAGGGCCCGCCGGGACGACAGCAUCACGCAAAUAGCUUCCAACAGCCACGAUCAUACAGUCUCGGAAAAGUCACCGCCGGCUCAGAACUUCAAUGCCGACUCCAACAAUCUGUCUGAGAAUGGAAAUAACAAUAAUAGUAAUGACGAUGACGCCGAUUCAACUGAUCCCAAGGACGAGCUGAGGUUAUCCAAGGUGAGGUGUAUUGCUCUUGUUGCAACUGUCACGGGUGCCUCAUUCCUCAAUCUCAUGGAUACAACUUCAUUCAAACAUUACUUCUCCCAGACACUCUCCGGCCAAAGCGUCGUCAUCAUUCUCCCUUCCAUUGGCAAAGCCCUUGACAUCCCCAACUCACGCCAGCAAUGGAUCGUAUCCUCCUACCUUCCAACCUUUGGCUGCUUCCUCCUCCUCUGGGGCCGCAUCGCCGACAUCUACGGCAAGAGGCUCAUCUUUAUCUUGGGCUCAACCUGGGUCACCAUCUGCUGUGCCGCCAACGCCUUUAUCCCUACCGAGAUUGCCUUUGACUUGUUCCGAGGCUUGCAUGGACUUGGAGCUGCUGCGAAUGUUCCAACCGCUCUUGGCAUCCUGGGCACGACAUUUCCUUCUGGAAAGGCCAAAAACUAUGCAUUUAGCGCCUACGCCGCUGGAGCACCCCUCGGCAGCGUCUUUGGCACUCUUCUCUCCGGUCUCAUCGCUCAAUGGGCCAGUUGGAAAUGGGUCUUUCGCACCCUCGCCAUCAUAGCCGGUAUGAUCUCUGUCGCUGGCAUCUUCUGCAUCCCUCCGUCUCCUCCGCCUCUCCGUCCUGCUCACGAAAGCCAUCGGGCCAAGACGGCAGCUAUCGACUGGAUCGGUGCUAUCCUAAUCACAUGCGGCUUGCUUGCUCUUAUGUUUGCGCUGAUAGAAGGUAACGUCGUCGGCUGGGGAACCCUCUGGAUUCCCGUCCUUAUCGUCGUGUCUCUCCUCACCAUUAUUGCCUUCUUCUUCUGGCAGCGUUACCUCGAGAAGAAGAUGACUCGCUCCCCAUUAGUUAAGGUCUCUAUCUUCAACCUGCACUUCACCUCCGUCAUGAUCAUCAUGGGUCUCUUCUCCGGUGCCUUCAACAACUACAUGAUCUACGCAACAUACUACUUCCAAGACUACCAGGGUCUCUCCCCGUUCCAAACUAUGCUUCGCUUCAUACCCACCGGUGUUGGCGGCAUCAUCAUCGCAUUUAUUGUAGCCCGCCUCCUCGACCGCGUUCCGACAUUUUUCAUCCUCGUAAUCGGACACCUUUGCGUCUCCAUCGCCGCGCUUCUCUACGCUGUUCCGAUCCCGCCCACGACGUCUUAUUUUGCUUGGGGCCUCCCUGCCAUGGUCCUCUCCGUCAUCGGUGCCGAUACCGCAUGGCCUUGUUUCACGCUCUUCACAUCGCACUCCCUCUCAGCCGAGGACCAAGCCGUUGGCGGGGCACUAAUCAAUGCCUCAGGCAUGUUUGGUCGCGCGAUCGCCCUUGCUAUUGCGACGGCGGUGCAGACUUCCGUCAUGGCCAAGGACCGAGGUGUUGAUGUCAUAGACGCUGGACCUGUAGAGGAGUGGGAUGCUCCGUCGCUGAAGGGCUUGCGCGCCGCGGGGUGGGUAAGCUUCGUCAUUGCCUGUAUGGCAUUGGCUCUCGUUGUGAUUGUAUUUAGGGGGAUGGAGAUUAUCGGAAAGGCGCCAGCCAGACCCGAGACAGCAGAAGGGGUUAUUAAUGACGGAGACACCGAAACAGGAGACAGGCGUGACUAG